GGCUCCACACCACCGACAUCUCUCAGUCAGUCAUCGUAGACCUUGAGCCGCCGCUGCCGCCCUCCAGCCAGCCGGCACCUCUCCCGCCCAAUGAGACCCUACCGCUCGGCGAGGUCACACAGUACUGCCACUCGGAAACCUCGAGCGUCUUCAAUGAUGAAAGCCGUCGUGAACAGACUGCAUUUGUGGAUGUUGCCGAGUCUCGCGAGCCGGAUGCACGGACAGAGGUGACUCGUCUCCAACGAGAGUUGAGUCGUGUGAAGAGCAACCUCAUCGCUCAGGUGAAGACAAAUACUCGUUUAAAGGCUGCCUACAAUGCCCUGGCCAUGAGUCUACCCAGCGCGGAGCGCUCUAUCGGUCAGUCGGCUUCUGGCUUCAGCCUGUCACAGGCAGACAAGGGCAUUAGCCCAUUCCUCCGUACGAGCAGUAAGUGA